UGUUUAUCUAUUGAGAGCUACAUUGUUGCACCAAGGUCGUGGGAAAUUAAUCAGAUAUGGUGUUAUUUAUGCACCAACGAACGUUAAGUUGUUUCAUUCAGUCCUAGUAUUAUAUUUCUUAAAAGUGGUGUAGCUGUGAAGAGUUUUAGUCUGAUCAACUAUCUGUAACUUUAGUUUGUCGGCAACAAAGAUCAGCAUGCCCCAGUCAGAAAAACCAAAGCGGUUUCCAGGUGAAGUUGAUGAAGCGUAUCCAGAAAUAUUUACAACUAAACCACCACAACCAUCCGAGAAAAAACCUGGACAGUUACCGCAACAUAUGAUAGAUCAAUUUUUCAAUGAUGGUUAUGUAAUUGUGGAAAAGUUUUUCGACUGUGAAAAAGAUUUGGAACCCUGUAAAAAGGCCAUAGAACUUGAAGUAGACAUAUUGGCCAACAAGCUCUUUAAAGGCGGCAAAAUUAAACAACUGUAUAAUGAAUAUGGAUUACGUGACCGACUUACAUACAUAGAGAAGGAGUUUCCAGGGGCUAACAUGCUUCUUCACAAAACUGUAAAAUUGGCUCAGGCGUUUAAAGAUUUGUGGACUAAUGAAAGGUUACUAAAUGUCGUAGAACAGUUGAUUGGACCGGAAAUAUCUGGAAAUCCAAUUUGGAACCUCAGAACAAAAACUCCAAAUAAUGAAGCUACAACUGUUCCUUGGCACCAAGAUGCCGCCUAUCUUGAUAAUCGAGCAUAUAAAAUACUACAGCCGACAGCUUGGAUUCCUCUAUUAGAUACUAACGAAAAGAAUGGGUGCAUGAGGGUUGUUUCUGGAGCGCAUAGAAAGGGUAAAAUAGCUUUGCACCAAUGUUGCUGGAAAGACACAACUUAUAUUAUGCUUGACGAGCAAGAAAUGACUAAAACGCUUGGUGUUGAUAUGGAAAAGGAUGUAGUACCUUGUCCAGUACCUUAUGGUGGAAUGUUAUUAAUCAAUAACGUCAUACCACACCAGAGUUUACCAAACUUAUCAGAUGAAAUUCGCUGGAGUUUAGAUUUGCGCUGGCAGAAAACGGGUCUUCCUGCAUCCUUUUAUGAUAUGGCGGAAACUGUCGAAUUUAGAUCUCCCACAAAGCACAAUUUGAAAAUAGACUGGAGUCCUUAUGAUGUUGAUGCGAAUCGACAUGUUGUGGCGGCAAAAGAGUUGACAGAAUUUCAACAGGAUGAAUUUGAUACAACUAUACAAGGUCCAUGGAUGAGAAAAUGGGAAAUGGUUCAUACCAACGCAAACACAGAUGGUUUGAAGGAUGACCAUGUCUUUGGCAUUUCACAUUAGAAACGACUUCCCAUAAUUCAAAUUAUUCAUAAUCCUGCAUUGAGAUCGACAUUAAUUGGACAAAUUUUACUUUAGAGAUAUCUGUAAAAGUAAUUUGUAUUUAAUCCGAAUGAGAUUAUGUAUAUUUUUCUGUAUUUUGACGAUGGACGCAGAUCUGUAAAAUCCAAUUUCCUAUGUAAUCAGAAUUGAUAGUGCGAGUUAUUUUAGUUGUAAAUUGAAAGAUCUAUCAAGUUGCCCCAGUACGAUAUUUAGCGUUAAUAAUAAAGGGUUGCUUUAUCUUUAGAACUGUUAAUGAUGAAACCAAUCAAUUCUUUAUGAUGGGCCAUUUAAAAUAUUUUGUGUAGAUAGCAUCUGGAUUGGCGCUGAAACAUUUCUGGAUACAAUACUUAAAGCGAAGGUACGUGUCUCAAGUUCGGUUGCUUUAUCUUUAGAACUGUUAAUGUUGAAAUCAAAUUCGUGUCUACGACCCUCUUGUUAGCUUGUGUUUCUAAUAGAUCAUUCAGUACACAUUGAUUCUAAUAUUGACUUGAGAAUACAUCGUAUUUUUCAAAUGUGAGUAUAGCAUUAUAUUGGAACAGGUAACGAAUCAUUAAAUUUAUAGUUGUAAA